UAUCUUUACCGAAUAAAAUGCCGUACGAAUCUGACGAUCCCAGUUCAAACGCUUGCAAUGCCAAGAUCCUGUUGCUUUGCAAAACCGUUGAAGCCCACAACGAUCCUGAGUGUUGGUGCCAGUGAUCAGCCAUCGCAAAUCAAAAGAUCGCAGCUGACGGCUCGGUUGGUUCGGCUGGUUAAGCCGCUUUCGGGCCUUGGCAGACCUAACCCGCAGCGUGCAGAACCGAUAUGGAGCGACUAAUGAAUGGAUAUGCAGCCAUUGAUCUGCGGCCAAAAAGAGGCGCAUCAUUUACAACGGUCUGCUUGAUUGGCUGUCGUGCCGCACCAGUAUCGGAAUGCCGAAGGAGUGGUCAAUCGGACUCCCCAAGACAGAAGAUAUAAGGAAUUGGAAAACACAUGACCGAGAAAUGUCUCAAAUCUAGAGAAAGCAGCCAGGAAGAGAGCGGAAAGAGGCUGUGGGAUGCAUGUUUGAGACGGGGAGAGUGGAACGGUUGAAUGAACGACUGGUUCAGAAAGUUAUCCGCGAAGUUAAUUUAUCUACGCUCAGCCAUCCAUUCGCUUUCUCCUCCGGUGUUUGAGCGUGCUGGAUGGUCAUAGUGGCGCUGCAAAGUGGAUUGUUUCGCUUUUAACAGCAUUAUCCAAUUAAAUUUCGUUAACAGCAAUUAAUACCAACGAAAUCAUUGCGGAUAACAGGUACCCGGAAUGCAGCGCUGAAUAUUAUCUGGAUUAAAACAGCAAAAUAUUUAUUCUGGUUGAGUGGACAGUCUCGUAUCAAAAUGUUUAGCGGUAGCGGGCCUCACAUGGAUACCAGAACUUGAUCUAAGCCCGCAUAGCAGGCUUCACAGCUAGUUGGCGCGGCGGGCACGCCAAAGGUGAAAGGAUGGCGCUAAUUUGGCGGCAGAUAUUAUUCCAUUUAUCCCUUGCCUUUUUCCCGUCAGUAUUCUCCCAAGACGCUUGUUCCCAGAGCAGCUGUUAUCCCGCCACUGGAGAUUUAUUAAUCGGCCGAGAAGACAAGUUAUCCGCUACGUCAACAUGCGGCUUAGGAAGACCGGAGCGUUAUUGUAUUGUUAGUCAUUUAGAGGAUGAGAAAAAGUGCUUCCGGUGCGACUCGCGACAGCCUUAUGUGCCGGGCUUAAACGAGAACAGCCACAGGAUCGAGAAUGUUGUGUAUAAGCUGACACCUCAGCGAAAACGGACGUGGUGGCAAGCCCAAAAUGGACUGUCUAACGUGUCCAUCCGUCUGGAUUUGGAAGCGGAAUUCCACUUCACGCAUUUAGUUUUAACUUUCAAGACUUUCCGUCCAUCUGCCAUGCUAAUUGAGCGCUCGCAUGAUUUUGGGCGUACUUGGCAUGUGUACCGAUAUUUCGCAUAUGACUGCGGAGAAUCUUUCCCCGGUGUACCAACAGGUCUUCCCAGGCAAAUUACCGAUGUGAUUUGCGAGUCGCGUUACUCUGCGCAAGCGCCAUCAACGGACGGCGAGGUUGUCUUUCGUGUACUGCCUUCGAAUAUUGACAUCCGAGAUCCCUACAGUAUGGAGGUGCAGAAUUUGCUUAAAAUGACCAAUCUGCGAAUUAACUUUACGAAGCUCCAUACCCUGGGUGACAACUUGUUGGACAAUCGACCGGAAAUCAGAGAAAAGUAUUAUUACGCUAUUCAUGAGAUGGUCGUUCGUGGAAGUUGCUCGUGCUACGGCCACGCAGCACGUUGUAUCGCAAUCCCAGGAGUUAUCCCGAAUCCUGACAUGGUUCAUGGAAGAUGUGAAUGCACUCACAAUACCAAAGGUCUUAACUGCGAGCAGUGUGAAGAUUUCUUUAAUGAUCUCCCGUGGAAGCCAGCCGUUGGCUUAGAUACGAACGCCUGCAAACGUUGCGAAUGUAAUAGCCACGCCACCCGCUGUCACUUUGAUCCUGCGCUUUUCGAGGCCACCGGAAGAACGAGCGGCGGCAUUUGCGAUGAUUGCCAGCACAACACUAUGGGCCGAAAUUGCGAGAUGUGCAAGAAUUACUUUUAUCAUGACCCAUCCCGAGACAUCACAGACUCGGAAGCCUGCCAGCCGUGCGACUGCGAUCCUCGAGGAUCCCUUAACGAUGGGCUCUGUGAUUCCAAACAAGAUGCCAUUAACGAUCUGGAAGCCGGUCGGUGCCAUUGUAAGCGCUGGGUAACUGGACGUCGCUGUGAUGGGUGUAUGGAUGGCUACUAUGACCUGAACGAAAACAACACAGAAGGCUGUCUCGCGUGUUCCUGUAAUCUCUUGGGAACUAUCGGCAACACCGGAUGUGACAAAGUAACCGGCCAGUGUACUUGCAAGCGAUUUGUCACGGGGGAAAAUUGUGACCAAUGUGCGGAAGGCUACUGGGGAAUGAGCGCAGACCGCGAUGGAUGUAAAGCAUGUGAUUGUGAUUUGGGCGGAAGUUAUGACAAUAACUGCGACCUACAGACCGGACAGUGCCGUUGUCGCCCUAACGUUGCGGGUAGAAGGUGCGAACAACCAAGCAACGGCUUUUUUGCGCCAUAUUUGGAUUAUCAUGUGUUCGAAGCCGAGGAUGCAAGAGGAUCACCGAAUACCCGGCUAAUUAUCCGUGAACGCCAUGCUGAUCGUGGUGCUACGUGGACCGGACCCGGUUUCGUGCAAGUAUCGGAGGGCGCUACUCUGGAGUUCACCUUGGAUAAUGUUCCUUAUUCCACCGAAUAUCACAUCCUUGUGCGCUAUGAUUCCACUGGCAAUCGUGACUGGCGAGAGAUCGGCAUGGAGCUUAUACGCCCGCCGACUGGAGACCCUUCCGGACCGUGUGCCAACGAAAUUCAACAACCGGGUUAUAUGAUCACGUCUCUUCCGGCUGGACAGCGGUACCAGUUCGUCAAUCCCCCGGUUUGCUUGGAACGUGGGCAGACCUACACUUUGAAGUUGGACUUUGGCCGACAAGGCGAUCCGGGUGGCUCAGCCGCAAGUGCAGUCAUGAUCGAUUCGGUGGCUAUCAUUCCCAACAUGAACAGUAUUCCAUUUUUCCAAGGAAGGGAAGGCGAAUAUCAUAAAGCUGAGUUUGAUCGCUAUCGUUGUUUGGAUUCCCAGCUGAGUGCGGUGAAAUCUGACCUUCAUGAAGUUUGCCGGAAGUACCUAAAUUCCAUAUCGUUACUGAUAGAAGGAGAAGCGCUACCUUGUGAAUGCGACAAUACUGGAUCACAUAGCAUAGUGUGCGGUGCCCUGGGUGGACAGUGCAAAUGCAAACCUAAUGUGGCUGGUCGAACUUGUGAUCGCUGCGCUCCCGGCACAUUUGGCUUUGGACCUCGGGGUUGUGCUGAAUGCGAAUGCAAUAGUAUCGGCAGCGAGGAUAACUCAUGCGACGUCACUUCUGGACAAUGCAAGUGCCGGCCGAAUACUUUUGGCCGACGCUGUGACGAGUGCCAAGCGGGUUUUUACAACUACCCGGUGUGCGAACGAUGUCAGUGCAGUGGGCGUGCCGACAUCUGUGAUCCUAGAACGGGAGCGUGUAUCAGUUGUCGGGAUAAUACCACGGGACACAACUGCGAACGCUGCUUGGAUGGCUAUUAUGGCGAUCCGCAGCCGGGUGGCGGUGUACCGUGUCGCCCAUGCCCUUGUCCCGGAGGAAUCGACAGCGGUUUCCAACAUGCCACAUCGUGCUAUUUGGAUCCGACCACACAGGAUGUGGUAUGUCGGUGUGAUGUCGGCUAUACUGGGUCGAAAUGCGAGCGGUGUGACGAGGGAUUUUUUGGAAAUCCAUUGGUUCCUGGGGGAACAUGUUCUCCGUGCCAGUGCAGAGGCAACAUCGAACCAUUGGCUCCUGGUAGCUGUGAUCCGAAUACCGGGCAGUGCCUUAAAUGUUUAUUCAAUACUGAAGGCUUCCACUGUGAGCGGUGCAAAGCUGGCUACUUUGGUGAUGCACGUCGACAGAAUUGUCGGCGCUGUGUGUGCGAUGUCCUGGGCACCGAUCCCAUCGGUGGCGACUGCGAUCGCACAACCGGACAGUGUCCAUGUCUGCCUAAUGUCCUUGGUCUAACGUGUGAUCACUGUAAGGAAAACCACUGGAAACUAGCCAGUGGCAAGGGCUGUGACCCGUGCGGGUGCGAUCCGAAAGGAGCCAUAUCGGCGCAGUGUGAUUUAUAUAUGGGAAUGUGUCGUUGUCAACGCGGUCGCGGAGGCCGCACAUGUUCGGACUGCGAAACUAAUUACUGGGGCGAUCCGGAAAAGAAGUGUGAAUUAUGUCAGUGCAAUUUGGAGGGAUCAGAAUCUCGACAGUGCAACAAAAAGGAUGGGUCUUGUGUGUGUCUGCCUGGUGUGAUGGGAUACCAGUGUGACAAAUGCACCCGAGGAUGGCGCGGUGAAGUUCCGAACUGCCAGCCAUGUGGCGAGUGCUUCAAUAAUUGGGAUGAAAUCCUUACCGAUUUAAAACGAGAAAGUGCCUCUCUUAUUGACCGCGCCAACCAGGUGAAAGAGCAGGGAGUCGGGGGCGCUUACGAGUCAGAAUUCAAGGCUAUGGAGAAAAAGCUGAAUCAAGUGGAUAAUAUUGUCUCCAGUACGAAUAUCAGCGCUGCCCAAGUCGCCAAUAUUCAGAACGUCCUGAAAGCGCUCAAAAAGAAUCUGACAUCCAGUGAAAAGAAGCUGCGAGAAGUUCAGGACAAGAUAACCAAUGCAACCCUCAGAGUACAAACUGUUAAUACCGAUAUAGGCGUUUUGCAAGCGAGCCUUCAGUCAUUAACCGAAGAUGCUAUGAACCUCAAAGACAAUGCCACAGCGCUGCAGGAAGCCAAUGUCGAAGGUGCCCUCAAUCUGACAAAGGAAGCUCAGGGCCGCUCCCAAGACGCCUUGAACCGUGUAUUGCAGUCCACGCAUACGCUAAGUGUUGCGGAGAAGAUAAGGAAAAAUGCGGAAGAGCAGUUGAAAAUGGAAGAAGAAGCUCUGAAUUUAGCGCAGCAAGAGAACGAAGAUCUCCUACAGGAACUGGAUCGAAAAGUCGUGGAGUUAAACGCUAACAUUCCUAGUUUAAACAGCAUGGUGUGCGACCGAGCAGGAAAUCCAUGCGACGAUGUUUGUGGUGGAGCUGGUUGUGGCCGGUGCGGAGGAUUAAGUUGCGAUCAAGGCGCUUUACAGAAAUCAAAAAACGCUUUGGAUCUGUCCAAGAAGGCAGAAGAAAAGCUAGAAACGGUCGAAAUAAAAGCCGGAAGAUUGCUCGAAGAGGUUAAUAAGGCUCAAGCGCAAUCCCUGCAAGCCUUGACUAUAACCGAGGAUGCUGCCGUGUCGGCUGCGAAUGCAAAGAACGUGUCUAAUGAUCUCAAAAAAGACCUGGAAAGUCUACUCGUGGAAAUCGAAAAAUUCACGACAGAAGACCGUGCAAAGCCGUCUGAUAUCAGACGACUUGCAGAUGAAAUCAAAAACAUGAGCAUUUCUUUGUCGGAAAGCGAGGUCAUGCAGCUUGCACUGCAGAUCAACCAAACCAUUCUCGGACUGACCAAUAUUGAUGCAAUUAUUAGAGAAACAGCAGUGGACGCACAAACCGCAGAAAACGUUAAACGGCGGGCCGAAGAUAUCAGAAAUAAAACAAAGAAUGUCCUGAAAGUGGCACAAGAAGUGCGCGAUGCACUCCAAGCAGCCAAAGCAGCUCAAAACGUGGCUCAAGCAGCAAUCAGCAAUGCCACUCUGGAUAUCGCCGAAGCCGGAAAAGAUUUGGCGGAAACCUCCAAUGGAACGGACAAUGCUGAAGCCACUGCAGCCACUUCACUGGAAGGUGCCCUGUCUCUUCAAAUUCGCUUGAGGGACAUUGAGAGGAACUUUACUGAGAACCGGCUUAGACUGCAAAAGGCGGAGACGGAAACGCGUAAUGCGCAAAAUCUGGCAGAUGCUGUUGACCGGAAAGCCACCCAGUUGGACGCUCGCUACAAAACUGCGCAGACGGAACUGGGAAAAAAGACCAGCUCGCUCGGCGGCGAAGUCCAAACGCGCGCUACCACUUUACGCGAGAAAGCCAACCGGCUCCGGCAAGAGACGCAGAGUCAGAUCCGUACACUGAGCGAUCUGGAGACUCAGCUGCCGCAAAAUGAGCAAAAAAUCCAACAGCUCAGCAGUGAAAUAGAUGAAUUAUUACGGAGGAUGAAUGAUGCUUACAGCGUAAUCGAUGCACGCGAAAAGCACUACCGGACAUGCGCCAGCUAGUUGGAUCAUGCGAAACUGCUAAGUGUGUCUUGGCGGCACAAACUGUUUAUCUGCUGUUUGUACAACGAUUGCAAGUGACCCAAAGGAAAAGAAUAACUAGUUUCUGUGUUCCUUUUACUGUUUGAUUUUUUACGUCUUCUCUUACCGUAUUUGUUGUAAUGUACUCAUUUUUCGUCAGUGACUCAGUUGAUGCAUUUCUGAAAAUCUGCUCAUGGCCUGUACUUGAUUUGUUUUUAUCUUCUAUGCACUUCCAUCUGAUAGGUUUAGUUGCCUUGUAUUUCAAAUUGGUUAAAAGAUGAAAUUCACGUAGACUUAUUAAUAGCGAUACAAAG